UUUCUUUUGCUAUUGACAGUAUCACAUUUGCGAGCAAUGUUUUCUGAUCCUGGAACUGUACCUCUGUCUCAUACUAAUGUUUCAUUAUCAGACUUACGGCAAGUGAAAAGAGAAGAUUGGACUAUGUGUACAAGGUGUGAAGCAUACCGACCACCCAGAGCUCAUCACUGUCGAAUUUGUAAGCGCUGCAUUAGACGAAUGGAUCAUCAUUGUCCAUGGAUUAACAAUUGUGUUGGGGAAAAAAAUCAAAAGUAUUUUGUCCAAUUUCUUUUUUUUGUUUGUAUUAUUUCUGCAUAUACUAUCAUGUUAGUUAUAAUGUCAUGGGUGCGUGAAUGCCGUCAGUGUAAACUGUAUGAUAUGGAUACAAGACAAACACAAGUGUAAGUUUUUUUUUAUAAUUGAUAUAAAU